AUGUUCAUCGCCACGGCCAUUACGAACAUGAUCAUGGAUAUCACUAUUUUGACGCUCCCAAUGCCCUUCGUGUGGCGCUUGAAUAUGUCUACAAGACAGAAGUUGGCUGUCAGCAGUAUCUUCCUCCUAGGUGCCUUCGUCAUCGGAAUCUCUAUUGCAAGGAUAUAUUUCUUCUAUCAAUCUACCGACAGCUAUGCGAAUGCUUUGGACAUAACUGUCAACAUUGCACCGAAUCUCUACUGGACUGAACUGGAAGCGAGCAUCGCUAUUGUCAGUGCCUGUCUACCAACUCUGCGACCCCUUUUUUCUGGGCUCUCGCUGGAGACGUUCCUGCAUGAGUUUGCCAGCAGGCUCUCAAUCCGCAGCAGCACCAAGUCAUCAGGCAACAGUCACGCGGGCAGCAUCGGCAAGUGGGAUCACUCGUUGCCAAAUGGCAGUGAGUCUUCGGCUGCGCGGUUCGUGAACAGGUGUGAAGCUGUGCGUUUGGCAAGUUCCGAGAACUUGCCAAUUGAGAUCGAGCUCCGACAGCAGCCUGGUAUUGUCGUGCAGAAAGAGACCCAUCAGUCUGAGCAUGAGCGACGGGUAUAA